AUGGAACCAAAAAUCAGGCGUGCUGUCAUUCUCAUACCUCGAGUGGUGGAUAUGGAAAACACGAGUGCUGAUCAUGUCGAAAUUGCAGAUUCAACUAUGCAGACGGCAGGCUCUUCUUGUAGCGGCAUCCUCAAACGAGAGCCAAGAUCACGCACCACACUCUUGUCUGGAGAGCAAAGUACAAGCAGCUUUGACACGGACGAUGGCGAGGCACGAUUGGAAGAACCUUUCAUUCCUAAAGACAGCAUGGCAUUUAGGCUGAAGCAGGAACAUGUCGCAGCAUACUACAACAAUGACAGUGCCAACAAAGAAGACGCACUGGUCAAACAAAAAGAGCAGGAGAUCCAUGAGGAAAGCAGCGUAGAUGAAGCAAAGGAUUCCCUUAUCAGGAAAGACAAGCAAACAGCUAUUACCAAACAAGUGAUUGAUGACGAAAAGGACGACAGCGACGAUGAUAGCAAUGCAAACGACUCGCAAUCUACGUUCAAACAAGACAAGGACGCAAUCUAUCCAGAUGAUCAGGAAACGAUGACCAACGAGUUUGUAAUCAAACAUGACACCAUUGAAGUCGGAAAGGGUGAAAUCACAUUGCAUCAAGAAACUCCUGGACAAACUUCAGAUGCUACGAAUGAUCAGGGCUAUAUAUACAAAUGCGCCAAGUGUCCUCACAGAACCACUAAUUUCAUAUUGCUGAUGAAGCAUCGCCAAACGGCUCACAAUGGCCGAGGCUAUGGAGGUACCAGCAUCAAACACUUGCACCUGAACCCAGUUCUGAAUGAUCCCAACCACCACUGUCGAGCAUGUGAAAGAAGAUUCACAAAUCUAAGCGGCUACAGGACUCAUUUGAGAUUGGUGCAUCAUAUUCCAAGACUAGCAAAACAUGACACGCAGCCAACAACGGGAGAGAGAUCCACUGUAGCCGCUGCAAGCAAGCCAAGUGAAGCCAACCACUCGCGCACCAUCAAUGAUCCUCAGACACCAAAGUUUAGAUGUAGCUUCUGCAGCGUGCGUUUCGAUUCCAGGCUGACUUUGACUCAACAUCAAAUAAACGACCACAAGAAACGAAGAAACAGUAAAACGGCACACUGCAUUGACUGUAAUACGCAAUAUAAAAGUACUCAAGAAUGCAGUCGGCACAGACGUCAAGUCCACAAUGCAGAUGUCAGAAAGACCUCUGCGACUACGGCUGAUAUUGACACUGAUACUAUACCUGCUACCGCUAGUAAAACAGCCGGACCAAAAAUUACAUGCAAACUGUGCGGUAUGGGGUUUGAGUCUACAACAGCGCAUUUAAUCCAUUACAGUAAUAUGCACCGAGUCUACACCAAAAGAAGUGGGAUAGACACUGAAUCCUCUAUUACCAGUACCCUGGAGCAACCAUCACUAAAACGUCGCACUCGCCAAAAAACCAAGACUGUUCGAUUCAUGCUUCCUGAUUCUGUUGCAUCGUCGUCGUCGACCACCACCACCACCAUCACCGCCACUAAUACAGCGCCAUUUCGAUGCAAAAGCUGUGACAUUCCAUUCAAUACUCGACCAGAUCUGACACGACAUCGUUGGUCUGUGCACCGUGAUACCUUGGUAGCAGUACUCGACAAGGAAGAAGAGCACCAGGGUGCGUCUACUGCUGAUGCUAAAUAUCGCUGCAGACGUUGCCUUGUGCAAUGUGAAUCUCGAUCAGCUCUCACACACCAUCUUUCGAUUGUGCACAGCAACUUUGAUUAUUCAAAAAAGAGCGCCCAGUCACUUUCAUCAACCAAACCAAAAACGAAUCUCCAAUGCAAUGCUUGCUCUGCUGAAUUUGAUAGUCGCUCGGCUUUGGCGAUACAUCUGUGGGCUGUACACCCUAAAAGCAUGCGAAAAGCAAGCAAGUCAUCCGCUGCUGGUGGCGAGCAAACGAUAGAGGAGCUUCAAGUAGGUGAUAUGAAUACCGCAAAGCAAGAUGGCCAGAGCAAUUACUGCAGUUUAUGCAAGAAAAAAUACAAGAAUUGGCAUUCUUACCGAUCACACGUGUACAGUAAACACAGAAAAAGUAAUGCAGAAAGAACACACAGCCCACAGUCCAAUGAAAAUGACACACCUAGCUCAAGUCGCUCGAAACCGCCAGCUUCUUCUGUCGCCAGUCCUCUUCUGCCAGACAUCAAUGACCCUAACUUUUAUUGUCAUGUGUGUGACAAAACUUUGCGAACCGAGUCUAGUUUCCUUGGCCAUUUGCUUGUCACUCACUCAAACUAUCCUUCAGAUCCAUGCCAGCAGCAGCAGCAGCAGCAGCCAACAACAACAGCAACAAGGAAAAGAACUGCCGCCGUGCUAGAUGUGGAUGACCCCAAUAAUUAUUGCGCAUUCUGUGAACGUACAUUCUUAAGCCAGGACAUCUUUUACCAACACUUGCGUUCACAACAUCACAUCAAGCGAAGACUGGACACAACAUCUGUCAUCUUCACUGCCUCCAAUCACAGCUCAGAUGCAUCAUCCUCUAAGGGUAGGCAUUUUUGCACCGUCUGUCAUCAGAGACAAGCUACCCUGGGUCAGCAUCGUCAGCACUUGCGGCUUGCCCAUAAAGUGAAGCUGCCUCCUGUCAGCAAACAGGUAGUAGCCCAAUUCAGGUACCCAAAUGAGUUUAUCGAUAUUGAAAGCCCGGAUUUGUAUUGCGCUCAGUGCGAUCAUUACUUUAGCACUAAAAUGUUCUUUAACCAGCACAUUGAAGGUGUUCAUAGGAUGUCGCUGUUGGCCUAG